GCCAGGCACGCAACCAAGGAGCGCCUGGGUUUGGUUGCACUGUUUGUCGUCGUGCCGCAGUUUGUUCAACGAGCCGGCGUUUGUUCUGCCGAUGAUUUGUUCGGCGCCCGGUUUUCUAAAUUAUUUUUUCUCGUUAGCUGUUCGGCAGCGGGGGUUUUGAGAGAUCCGAUUUUGUGCCUAGAUUUAUUCUGUGACGACUCUUCGGAUUCCGAAGGAGAGUUUCUUUUCGGAGGACCUCCGAAAAAAUUGCCUCCAAAACCAGCCACUGCCAAGACUUCGAUCGCAUCGACAGCUCCUGCAGUUCAGUCAUCAGCCCCAUCUGUGCAGAAAAUCGUUGAAACUCAUCCUGUCGCUGUCGUAUCACCGGAAAAGCCGAAAAGCGAUCGAUUGUCCAGAACAAAGGACUUGUUUGCCGACAGCGACUCCGACGGCGACGAUUUGUUCUCCUCUGCGAGAAGCGAGCCGACGUCUGCUGCCAAACAAACAUCUGGUAAACAAGAAAAAUCGUCAGUGUUGGCAGCCGCCGGUGUGAAGGAAACCUCACCAGCGGUUGGCAACAAGCCUAUCAAAGCAUCAGUCGUCGCUUCACCAGCAGCGUCUUCGCUCUUCGACGACGACGACGAGGAUUUUUUGUUUCGUCCUGAUCCAAAAGAAACUGUGUCUGUUUCUGAGAAUAUGGAUACUAAGGACAACGCAGACUCGAUCAAGGAUGAAGAACCGAGAGUAGCGCCUAAAAAGAAGAUUCCAGCUGGUGCUGUCAAUAUCUUCGCCGGGAUGGGCAUAAAACUUCCAGCAAGAUCGAAACCAUUGCCCGCUUCUUCGUCGUCUUCCUCGAAUACUUCCGGCGCUUCUUCCCCUGUGACGAAAUCUGCUACGACAACUAGUGUUAAUGAAGUUCCGAAACCCGCCAGUGAUUUUAAUGCGGAGAAAUCUGUGAAGAAAUCAGUUGGUGUCGUGGAGAAGAAGAAGGAAGUCAAACGGUUAUUUAGCAGUUCUGAGUCCGAGUCUGAGAAAGCAGUCAAAAACUCGGUCGCGGAAGUUCCGACAUUUAAAAAGCCUACAGGGGUAGAAGAGAAACAGAAGCCACAGGUUACCAAAACCUUGUCAUCGAAACCCAAAAAGCAAGCUUCUUCGAAAAACCUAUUCAGUUCGUCUGCGACAGAUUCCGAUGACGAUAUUUUUGCAUCAGCCCGAAGCACAAAGCAAGCAUCGUCUGUCAAAGGAAAAGUUGUCACAGAGCCGAUUGUUCCGCCGGCGGACUUGAAAAAAGUGAAAUCUGCUCCGCAAGAAGUUAAGAAGAAGCCAGAAAUCCAGGAAGUCAAAAAACCAGCUGUCAAGAAAGUUGAUUCCGUGCCGAAAAUUGAAAAGAAAUCGGAGCAGAAAAAAGCGUCUGCGAAAAUUUUCGACUCUGAUUCUGAGAGUGAUGCUGACAUUUUUUCCAAGAAACCAGUUUCAAGGAAGGAUUCAAAACCAAAUUCGGCCGUGAAAGCUUUACCACCGUUGCCAAAACCUAAUUUAAAAACCGAAGUCACGCCGAAAAAAGCAAAAUCUUCCAAAAUUGUACCCGGAAAGCUUGCGAAAUCAACUCCGCCUGAACAACCCGACGUUGUUUCCGAAACUGUUGAACAGGAAAUUGAGUCUCCUGAAAAAUCUGCUCCGAAAGUGAACCUUGAACCUGUAAAAGUUGAAAACACUCCUGCGGAACCUUCGUCGCCUGUCUCCGAAUCUGAGACGAAAAAUGCAGAAACAAACGAAGAAGUUGACUCAAAUCCCAUGUCAAAAACUCGUGCCAGUUUUCUUGGGAAUUCAAGUUCAUCGUCGGAUUCCGAAGAUGAAGCACAGGAAAAGCGGGCAAAGCUUGGCACAAGGGGCAUUGCAGCCAAAUUGGACAGUGUUUUUGCGAAAGGCGGAGUGGGGUUGGGUGGGUUUCCUCGGAAAGUUCCUCCCGGGGGUGUGAGCAUGUUUGGCGGGGGUAUUCCACCGAAACUUUUGAAAUCGCAACGGUCUUUUCCGGGAGAAAAUGGCCAAAGUGACGAGCAAAAAGUGACGAGUGACGCGAAUGCUUACCAAGAAAGGCGCGAGGUGGAGAAUGAUGCAACUCUUGUUGAAGCAGGUUCUCCAGCGGAAAAAAGUUCAUCAACGCUUGAAACCGUUACCAAGCCUGAUGAGGAGGAACAGACAACUGACAGGAAAGAGACCAACCUGUUGCCGAGUGCCACAUUUCCGUUGCUUCAUUGCACAUCCAAGACCCGAAUUGGAGGAGUUGCAAUGCGCAAACGACGUCCGCCCACGAAGCAGGGUCGCAAGGAACAAGCCCGCUUUUCCGGGGUGGACUUUUUGGACGACACUGUCGAUGCCCUGACAGCAUUCGCCGUGACGCCGACAGAAGUAACGAAAAUGUCCGCGGUAGCAACGGAAAACAAGCAACCCUCUCCCAGCACGGAGCGACUGGAAGAGGAGAAAAAUGAAUCUUCGGGCGAUGAAACGUCGUCGGACUAUUCAGAGUUGUUCUCUACUCCGCCAACCCGGUUGAGCACAGAACCAAUUGAAUCAAGGAAAACAUCCGAAACCCAAAAGGAAAUUGUGAGCGAGAGUGAAUCCGAUAAGGCAAGAAGUGGUUCGGUGUUCGAGUCACCGCAAGAUGACGAUUCAGAGUUGUUUGGCACUCCCGAAGAACGUUCAAGUGUCAAGAAAGAUGCGUCCAAGUUGAAAAAGUCGAUUUUCGACGAUUCCGACGAAUCGGAUGAUGACAUUUUUGCGGAACCCCCGAAGUCAACCGUGAAGAAAGAAAGUCUAUUUGAUGACUGAAGAGGUCGUUGAUUGCACUUCGUUCCUAUGGGCAAGUCUGCAAGUUCUCUUCUUUUUCGUCGCUUUCGUUUUAGAAGAUAUACCGUAACAUUUGUUUUUUUAUUAUCGGAGGUGGAAGUUGGAAAUUUGCUUUGAAGUAUUUCAUCCGGUUCCGGAACUUUUCGAUUGCUUAAGUAUCAUUUUAUUGUGGGACAGAGGUGCGUGCGCGAUGUGUGAUUUAGUGAUUUUUUGAGUGCCUUCCGUAAGAGGCGAGAUCGUCCUGUGCUUUCAAUUUUUGUGGUGGAAAUUCCGUGGGCUCGAGACCCCAGAAAUGCAUCCAUUAUUUUUUAGUCGACCACAACGGAAUAA